AGGUGCCCCUGGAACUUACCUGUAAUGCUGCUCGGGUGGCUCCGCUGUCACACACAGACACUCGCAGAGACCCAGGCAGACAAUAGGACACUGGCUGAAGGACAGUCUCUAUUACACGAACUCCCACCGCUAGCUAGCAGCACUGCACACAGCCUGGUGGGACGAACCAACGCCACUAGGCGAUAGGGGGAAGCAUUUUAUAAUAUCUGCUCCUUUUAUGCUCAGACAAGCCGCCACAUCCCACUCGAAAUACUGCGGGUUGUUAGUCCACAUGUUUCUAUUGGUAUCGGUGCUACUUAUUGUUUCACAUGUGUUCCGGAGAUAAAAUAGGGUUUUUUUUAAUUGAGGGGGGUGCAGAGUGGUUUAUGCCAGGGAGCAGCGCUGUUGCCAGGAGUUGUGAUGGUGGAAGCUGGUCGCUGGAUGGAUAGAUGUGUGUAGCUCCGAGUGGGAUUCCUUGUUCUGAGCCGGUGAGGAGGUAUCACAGCGCAGUAAAGGCUCAUUGUUACCUGAUAGCCCUCAGUUAACCCUCAGUAGUUGUCAGUGGUGCGGAGGCUGCGGCAUGGCUCCCAGGAAAGGAGAACUGACAGAGGACGAGAGGCAGCUGCUCACACACAUCUCCCAAGGGAACAUUCAGGAAACUCGGAGGCUUUUAGGAAGCAAGGAUGUCCGUGUUAACUGUUUGGAUGAGCAUGGAAUGACUCCUCUUAUGCAUGCAGCCUACAAAGGAAAGGUGGAUAUGUGCAAACUUUUACUGCAGCAUGGAGCAGAUGUCAACUGUAAUGAACAUGAGCACGGGUACACAGCGUUGAUGUUUGCUGGCCUCUCAGGGAAUAAAGAAAUUGCCUGGCUGAUGUUGGAGGCUGGAGCCGAUGCAGAUGUGGUCAACUCUGUUGGGAGAACAGCAGCACAAAUGGCAGCUUUUGUAGGCCAGCAUGAUUGUGUCACGGUAAUCAACAAUUUUUUCCCGCGGGAAAAACUUGAUUAUUACACCAAGCCUCAAGGGUUAAAUAAAGAACCUAAACUGCCAUCAAAAUUAGCUGGACCCUUGUACAAGGUCAUUACAACCACAAACUUGCAUCCUGUUAAGGUUGUCUAUCUAAUAAAAGAGAACCCCCUUUUGAUGGAGGCAGAAGCUUUAAAGAAAUGUUGCACGGUGCUGGAUUUAAUCUGCGAGAAAUGCAUAAAGCAAAAGGACAUGAAUGAAGUUCUGGCCGUGAAAAUGCACUACAUUAGUUGCGUGUUGCAGAAGUGCUCUACUUUCCUCCAGGAUCAGGAAGACAAACUUGAUGCCUUUAUUAAAAAUUUAUUAAAAGGCAGAGAUCCAGACUGCUUCCCCGUGUUCCAGGAGAAGUUCAUCCGAGAAUGUAUCAGGAAGUUUCCUUACUGCGAGGCAACGUUACUCCAGCAGCUUGUCAGAAGCAUUGCUCCAGUGGAAAUAGGCUCUGAUCCCACUGCAUUCUCCAUACUUACACAAGCUAUUACUGGACAAGUGGGCUUCAUUGAUGCAGACUUCUGUACCACGUGUGGAGAGAAGGGUGCCACCAAAAGAUGCUCUGUGUGCAAACUGGUGAUAUAUUGUGAUCACAACUGCCAGAAACUGCACUGGUUCACACACAAAAAAGUCUGUAAAAUUCUGAAGGAGAAGAGAGAGAAGCAAGAGCAGGAAGCGGCUAAAGAGAAGAGAAGAGAGGAAAAGCUGGCUCACAAAGCAGAGCAAAUAAAAACUGAUGAACAACUUGCAGAGACGGAAGGAGCUUCUAAUUCCCAAACAGAAGCAGAAUGUCCAGCAGUAGAAAGUGCAGCAGAAGGAUUGGAGGGAAGCAAAAUGGCUGCUGAAACCAAUAUCUCUCAAUCAGCAAAUCACACUGAAGAGUAAAGGCCUUUUCAACCUCUUACCUUCAGUUCUGUCACAUGUUCUCUCAAGAUGUGGAGAGGCAGAAAACCUGUCUGUAAAGGUCGUACCAUCCACAAAGGCCUCUGUCGCUCUACUUCUUGUGCUUGAGACAUACAUUCUGCUUACUGACGUUUGCUACUGUGACUGCUUCUUAUGUGCAAUAAUAUCUACCAACCACACAGCUUGAAUGACCCCCCCGCAAGUCCCAUUCCAAAAACUUAAGAAAAAGACCAAGUGCAACAGCCUUUGAGAUGGAUUCUAUAUAAACUGGUUUUAUGGUGAGCUUCACUCUUAAUAAAACAUGUUUUUCUAUAUAACAAUUAUAUCGGGGUAUAUUAUUAAAAAAGUCACAUAUUUUGGGGGUUUCUCACUUGUUUUGCUUUAUGGUCUGUAUGAACUGUUGACAUUUGUCAAGACAGUUUAUUGCCAAUAGAUUA